CUUUAGUCGGAUCUUCUCUCAUCUCUUCUCCCAGCUCUCCCAGCUCUCCUACAACCCUCCAAGUCAAGAUGCCUCACGCAUUCCCCUUCCUCACUCCUGACCAGAAGAAGGAGCUUAGUGACAUUGCUCACAAGAUCGUCGCCCAGGGCAAGGGAAUCCUCGCCGCUGAUGAGUCUACCGGCAGCGUUGCCAAGCGCUUCCAGAGCAUCAACACUGAGAACACAGAGGAGAACAGGAGACUGUACCGUCAGCUGCUCUUCACCGCUGACGAGCGUGCCGGUCCUUGCAUUGGUGGCGUCAUCUUCUUCCACGAGACCCUGUACCAGAAAACCGAUGCCGGCAAGACCUUCCCCCAGCACGUCAAGUCCAGAGGCUGGCUUGUAGGCAUCAAGGUUGACAAAGGUGUCGUCCCCCUCGCCGGAACCAACGGAGAGACCACCACCCAGGGUUUGGAUGGCCUGUAUGAGCGUUGCGCCCAGUAUAAGAAGGACGGUUGCGACUUCGCCAAGUGGCGUUGUGUGCUGAAAAUCACCUCCACCACCCCCUCUCGCCUUGCUAUCAUGGAGAAUUGCAAUGUCCUGGCCCGUUAUGCCAGCAUCUGCCAGAUGCACGGCAUUGUCCCCAUUGUUGAGCCCGAGAUCCUCCCCGACGGUGACCAUGACCUGAAGCGCACCCAGUACGUGACUGAGAAGGUCCUGGCCGCAAUGUACAAGGCUCUGUCCGACCACCACGUCUACCUGGAGGGUACCCUCCUGAAGCCCAACAUGGUCACUGCUGGACAUUCCUGCUCACACAAGUACACCCACCAGGACAUCGCCAUGGCCACUAUUACCGCCCUGCGCCGUACCGUGCCCCCAGCAGUCCCUGGCAUCACCUUCCUGUCCGGUGGCCAGUCUGAGGAGGAAGCCUCCAUCAACCUGAAUGUCAUGAACCAGUGCCCCCUGCACAGGCCAUGGGCCAUUACUUUCUCCUAUGGCCGUGCCCUCCAGGCCUCCGCCCUUAAGGCAUGGGGUGGCAAGCCCAAGAACGGCAAGGCUGCCCAGGAGGAGUUCAUCAAGAGAGCUCUGGCCAACAGCCUGGCCUGCCAAGGCAAGUAUGUUUCUUCCGGAGACAGCGCCGCUGCUGGAGAUUCACUGUUCGUGGCCAACCAUGCUUAUUAAGCAUGGACUCUCAUCAGCAUCCCUCUCCUUACCCUCCCUACACCCCCACCAUGGGGAGUGCCAUGUCGUUUUUGGUACCUCCUAAAAGCUGUCUCUACUCGACCCUCUGCGACACCACUUGUUCGGGACCUCGAUACGGAAAAAAUAAACGCAAACCUUUCUUUGGGCUCUUGCUUCAGAGAGAAGAUUCAAAACAAUUAAAGUUCUGCCUCCAUUCCCUCUCCCUACCAUUUUACAGCUUUUUUUUUGAGGUGAAAUGAUUUCCAUCGUCAUGUUUUUACACAACAUUAUUCCUUAGUCUGUAAUACCUAACUAAUGUAAUGUUUGUACUGGAGCCUUGGAAUAAAGUAUUUUACCAAA